AUGUCCGACGAGGCCAGGCGCGGGCCCGCGGGCGCCGCGCAGGCGGUGAUCCGGGCCUCCUCCGAGGACCGCAAGCCGGUGGGCGCGGGGUCCCCGCCGCCGGCUGCGGCCGCGGCGGCGGUGGCGCACAAGAUCCAUCUCAAGAGCGCCGACAUGAAGGAGGAGAUGCGGCAGGAGGCCUUCGAAAUUGCGCGCAUCGCGUUCGAGAAGCACAGCAUGGAGAAGGACAUCGCGGAGUACAUAAAGAAGGAGUUCGACAAGAACCACGGCCCAACCUGGCACUGCAUCGUCGGCCGCAACUUCGGUUCUUACGUGACGCAUGAGACAAACUACUUUGUAUAUUUCUACAUUGACUCUAAAGCUGUCUUGCUAUUCAAGUCUGGGUGA